AAUUAUAAUUUAAUAGAAAUAUUUAUUAAUUUAACUCAUAGCUAUAUUUUAUCAAAAUUACUUUUUCAAUUUUAAGACUUCAAAAUGAGUCUACUCAACAGAAUAUUACCUAUGUGCAAAGCUUAUGCAUAUGUGGAACCAAUAAUUAUCAAUAAUACUAUUGACCAUUUAAAAUAUGGUGCUAUAGGUGAACUAUUAUGUCAAAAUAUCAGAAAUGAAUGGUUGUAUAGCAAUGUAACCAGUAGAGAUGAAAGUGUAUUUCAAUUUUGUAAUGCACAGAAAAAAUACAACAAUGAUAUUUUAAGUCUUAAAGAUCCAUUUAUGAAUGCUAAACAGUUUUGCAAUAACCAAUUACCAUUCAGUUUUGCUGAUUCUAGAAGUAUCUGUGAACAUUCAGAUUCCAAGGAUUCCAGCGUUGAAGAUAGAAAAUGUUUUAGUCCUAAGAACUUUACAAGAUUAAAAUAUUUUGCGUUUUGUAUACCAGAAGAAAGUCAACAAUUUUUCUAUCACUGGCAAAGGCAACGCAAAAUUUGGUGGAGAAAAUUCUCGGCAAAUCCUGGUAGAUUUUCAUUGACAGAAAUAUCAACCGAUGAUAAUGGCCAAGAGACCACAGAAAUUCGUGCUGAAUUUGAAUGGGGCCACGAGACAAUUGAAACCAUACGCAACGUAAACACUAAAAUAUUCGAUAGUCUUGAUCCACCAGAACAAGAAAUGUUUUUAUCAAAGGUAGGAAAGAGAAAAGUCUUGCCUCAUGUUGUGGAAAGUGAAACCAGUCUCGAAAAAGCAUGUAUGGUGUUUCUGUGUGAUGGAUAUGCGGAAUUGCCUUAUCACAAUGAUCGCAGGGAAGUGUUCCGGUUCCAUCGUAAAUUGGCUCCGUAUAAAAUAACAUUCGCAGCUCCGCCAUUAAAUGCCAAAAAAGCAGAUGAAUUGAGGCAACUCUCCAUAUACUUGGGACUAAACUUAAAAAAGUCCGGAAUAUCGACCUUAAUAGCUCCAAACAUAGCGAAAAAAUCUCUCGAAUCGCAAUUCACAGAUUCGGACUACCUUGGCAUACCUUAUAUAGCUGUACUGAAUGAGUCUACUUUAGAAGAUGGAAUUGUAGGACUUCGUAGUAUUGAAACUACUCUUGAGGAAGGACCUAUUAGAACAAAGGAAAUAUAUGAAGUUAGAAAAACAAUAAAUCAUGAACAUGAAAUAAUAAUGCAUGUUGAAUUGAAAUAAAUAAUAUUUAUCACAGACAAAG